AUGGUGGGAAUAUCUGCAUCUGAAGUCCAAGCCAGCAAUGGCCACGUCUCGUCACCUGAGUACUCGUACAACGGCGAUGCUGGCAUGAACCAGCUCAGCCCAACUCACGGUCUUGGCGUCCGACCUGUAGCCCCACCAGUUGCUCAACUCAACCUAAAUGGAUCCGCGCGUCUGAACCGAUUUGGCCACUUGGGACCCGAGACGGCUGUCCAGGCCUUCUACCACUUCUUCUACAACUCACAUCCAUUCUGCCUUCCGGAACGGAGGCUAGUGGAACUCUUCAAGGAACGACAUGCCCCACUCUUGGAACAUGCCGUGCAUUUUAUCGGAUCCAGCUACAUACCGUCGGUGCCUACGGCUAUGUACAAGGAAGCGUUAGAUCGCCAGAUAGACAGCAACAACUACCCAAGAGAUGCGUGGUCGGUCCAAGCCCUGCUCCUCUUCGCCAUCGGCCUCCACGCCCACAACGAAGUUCCCCGCGCCGCCCAGAUCUUCACCAUAGCCCAAAACCUGACGCUGGAGAUCGGGCUCAACCGGAUGGAAUUCGCGCUGAUGCAUGGAGAAAACGACCCGCAGCUGGAAGAAAGCUGGCGGAGAACGUGGUGGUCCAUGUUCACGGCCAACGGCAUGAUGACAGCCGUCAACCCCGGCGUGCAAUUCCGACUGAAAGACGUCGUAACCGACGUGCCACUGCCCUGUGAGAACGUCGAGUACUUUUCAGGUCAAAUACCCUACCCCUCCACCCUCUCCGACUACGACGACUCGGCCUUCCUCCCCCACUUCACAACCUUCUCCUCCUUCACCUAUCUCAUCGACGCCAUCCGCAUCCUAGGAAAAGUCUUCGAAUGCGCGCGUCUAGACUCCACCUUUGAAUACCACGCCGUCGACGUCGUAGACCAAUACCUGUGUAACUGGCGUCUGCACCUCCCGGCCUCAAAAACAGACAUCGUCUCCAACGACGGCCACAUCGACGAAGUGCUGUUCCAGGCACACAUGGUAAACGCCGGCAGCACAAUAAUGCUGCACCGCCCGCGCAGCAACCUCGGUUUCGGCCGCGUCGAAGGCGUAAACAUAUGCGUCCAACCGGGCCAAGUCCUGCUUCCCACGCAAACCCGCGAAAUCCACACCGCGAAAUGCCUUACCUCCGCUGAAAACAUCUCCUCCUUAAUCCGUCUGCCCGGACCCCUGCUUUACCACACCCCCUUCUUCACCUGCGUCGUCGUAAUGGCGUCCGUCGUGCACCUCUCCUACUGGUCCUUCCUUGUCCCCGACGGCCAGGACGACAUUAUCAAGCAGAGCAUCCGGCUCGAUGUUGGCACGCUGCAGCAAUACAGCAAUACGUGGCCGAUUGCGAAUGUGGUGUUGGGGCAGGUGAGGGGGGUGGCGCACACGCUGUUCAAUAGUAAGAAGGCGAUGAGUAUACAUCUCUGGAGCAAUUUGCAGCAGGAUGAUGUUAUUAGGGGCGUUAUUGAGGAGGGGAGGAGUGUGCCGCAGCAGCAGUAUGCGCAGUUGAUCGCUCCGUGA